UGUCUUCGCCAGCUUUUGUUUGGAAAAUUUCGAAAAAGAGUCAUCUGUUCCUCCAGCUCAGAGACAUCAUGGCGCUGAUAAGCCGCCUGCCCAGAGAGAUGGAGCGCGAGCGAGAGUGGGAGUGGAGCUGGAAUGGCUAUUUGUAAACCAAAGAUACAUUUGCACUAAAAAAUGCUGUCAGGAAGGAAGAAGCAUGAGACCCAUUUAAACCAGUUCCACAUGUGUGCAGGGACUCGGGGGACUAUCCUUCAGGGUCUGCUUAAGAUGGACCCUGCGUAUGUCUCUGGCGGAGCUUUUAUUCAUCUCCACUAACAUCACGUGCAGUUUAGAACAAUAAAUUACUGUGUGCUCACUGAGUUCGAUUGGGUUUAGGAAAAGCUUUGUGCUUUUUUGUUUUUGAUGUUUUUUGUUCUCUCUGUGCAGAUGUGUAAGAGGAAAGUAUGGCUAUGCUGAAGAAAAUUAACCGAGUGCUCUCCAUGUUACUCCUCCUGAUGGCGCUGGCUCUGCUGUACAGCAAAAUGUUUAAAGCAUAUCAGCCAGAAAACCACUCAGAACGGCCGAGGAACAAGGAGGCCCCAAACCGAACGGUGGACGAUGAGUCAGAGUCGGGCAUUCCCGUUGUGAUCUGUGCAGCAGAAGAGCGUCUCGGAGCUGCCAUGGCGACCAUCAACAGUGUGUAUAGCAACACGAAGUCCAGUGUCAUCUUCUAUAUAGUGACCCUGAGAGAUGCUAUUAAGCUGACAAGGCAGUACAUCAAGAAAACCAAGCUGAAACAGAUCAACUACAAGAUUCUGGAGUUCAAUCCCAUGGUGCUGAAGGGCAAAGUGAAACCAGAUUCCUCCAGACCAGAUCUUCUUCAUCCUCUGAACUUUGUAAGGUUCUACUUACCUUUGCUUGCUAUCAGCAAUCAUAAGAAGAUUGUUUACCUGGACGACGAUAUCAUUGUUCAAGGAGAUAUCCAGAAUCUGUACAGCAUCAGGCUGCAGUCAGGACAUGCGGCGGCGUUUGCGUCAGACUGUGACCUGCCUGCUACACAUGAGAUGGUGCGCAGCGUGGGCAUGCAAACAUCCUACAUGGGUUUCCUGGACUAUCGGAAACAGGCCGUCCGAGACCUGGGGAUUAACCCCAACGACUGCUCCUUUAACCCCGGAGUGUUUGUGGCUGAUAUUGAUGAGUGGAGGAAGCAGAAGAUCACUGUGCAACUGGAGAAAUGGAUGAGCGAGAACUUCAAGGAAAACCUGUACAGCAGUGCCAUGGCAGGUGGUGUAGCCACUCCUCCUAUGCUCAUCGUGUUCCACAACAAAUACACGACGAUCGACCCUAAGUGGCACGUCAGACACAUGGGUUGGAGUCCUAAUGCUUAUUAUCCCCAGUCUGUCCUCCAAGAGGCGCAACUGCUUCACUGGAACGGUCGCUUCAAACCCUGGGACUAUCCCUGUGUUCACACUGACCUCUGGGAGAAAUGGUUUAUUCCUGACCCUUCUGGAAAAUUUGUACUGGUGCGGCCUGAGACAUAAAAAAAAAAUAGACACUUCUACUGAUGAAAUCUACAAGUGAAGACAAACACAAACACCUGUUUUUAUAAUAGAUUAUACACUGAUGAAAACAAUACUGUAAAAUUUGAAUGUGUGUUUUGUUACUCGGAUACACUGUGCUACAUGUGUGAAUUAUGAUUGACAGAUUUUUAAACAUUGCUUUAAAAAGAGCCUUGCGAUGGAUAAGACUAUGUUUCAUUCAGCCAGGAUUCAGUUGUUACAGUACGUUCGGUCUCUUAACAUGUUACUAGGGGAGAAAAAUUUAUCUCUAUCCAUUUGAAAUUCCUGCUUUGAGAGUCAUGUGUCAGGUAGAUAAGCAUGUGAUACCAGCAAAGGCUCUCACAGCAGAAACUAUAAGUAUAAUACAUAACUAUAAUACUUUAAAACAAUCAACAUUAACUUAUUAGUUGGCUAACAGUCUACAUCACUGACUGUACAGUUUGCUGUUCUGAAAGUAAAUGCACAGACUAAAUAUUAGCUUAUUAUUAAUAAAAAUACAUACUUUUAUGGCAGCAACUGCUCCAUGGAGUGUGAAAAUUAAAUAAUUCCCAGUUCAAAUGUGCAC